GGGUGGGGCACUGUGAUAUCACUCUUAAGGCCUUAUAAAAGUCCACUUAGUUCCCCAACAGGACAUGCGAUCAACCUUCGAGCUCCUGAGGUAGAUACCAGGCAAUUAACGCAUUUUGAAUUACUUAUUCUCCUUUUAAUGGAAUAGAUCUUUGUAGUUAUAAGACCUUGGUAGUGGGGAAACCUUGGUAGUGGGGAUUAUACUAAAACAAAUUGGUUAUCAAAUAAAAUGAACACAAUGAGGUCGAAUGCCCGCCCCGUGGAGCUCCAGGAAGGAUUCUACAUCCCUAUCGCGCUGGAUACCAACAACAUCACUUCACUCAGCCCCUUCCUGGUUCCUCAGGACCACCUGGCGGGCAGUGCUAUCUUCUAUGGCAUGUCAUUUUUCAUGUUCUUCCUAUUUGUUGCCGGCACUGCUAUCAACGUCCUUACCAUCGUGUGUACUAUCCAGUUCAAGAAGCUGCGAUCCCAUCUCAACUACAUUCUGGUGAACUUGGCAAUAGCUAACCUGCUGGUGUCCAUGUUUGGAUCCUCCACCGCCAGCUUGUCCUUUGCCUACAGAUACUUUAUCAUGGGAUCGGUUGCAUGCCAGAUUGAGGGAUUUACAGCUACUCUUGGCGGUAUGGUGAGCUUAUGGUCUCUCUCAGUAGUGGCGUUUGAAAGAUGGUUGGUUAUUUGUAAGCCAGUCGGUAACUUUCAAUUCAAGAGCACACAUGCAAUAAUCGGCUGUGCAAUCACUUGGGUGUUUGGGUUGGCUGCCAGUCUUCCCCCUCUGUUUGGCUGGAGUAGAUACAUUCCAGAAGGUCUCCAGUGCUCCUGUGGACCAGACUGGUACACCACAAACAACAAAUACAACAAUGAGUCCUAUGUGAUGUUCCUCUUCUUCUUCUGCUUCGGAGUCCCAUUCAGUGUCAUUGUCUUCUGCUAUGCCCAGCUGCUCUUCAUGAUGAAGGCGGCUGCCGCGGCACAGGCAGACUCUGCCUCCACCCAGAAGGCAGAGAAGGAGGUCACGAAGAUGGUGGUGGUGAUGGUGGUGGGCUUCCUAGUGUGCUGGAUGCCCUAUGCCUCCUUUGCUGUCUGGGUUGUACAAAACCGCGGUGCACCCUUUGAUCUCCGAUUGGCCACCAUACCUUCCUGCUUCUCCAAGGCCUCCACAGUCUACAACCCUCUCAUCUAUGUCUUCAUGAAUAAGCUGUUCCGUUCAUGCAUGAUGAAUUUGCUGGGAUUAAAGUCCGGGGAUGAUGAGGAAGCAUCAUCAACAUCCUCGGUCACUCAAGUGUCUUCUGCUGGUUAAAGAGGGCGUCUCUAUUUUUAUUUUACUUGCUAAACUGUUGCUACUGUAUGAUCAUUUGUAUAUUGUAAAUAAUAUUGAAUGUGCACUAAACAGGAUGUUUUAUCCUUGAAGGUGUUGUCAAAAAUAUGUGGUAUGAUAAUCUUAUAAGAGUAGCUAUAACAAUUUAAAUGCAUUAAAGAGAGAUGAGAAUAAAUGCACACAAAAAGUA